UCAAUUAUUUAUAUUUUAAUUUGAGCUGGCCAAAAAAUUGAAAUCGAAAUUAAAAAGCUUCAAAAACUUCUUACUCAGCAAAAAAUCCAAUUGUUUUCUUUUUGCGUCAGCAGAAGUUAUUACUUAAUUGGUGCACAUUUCACCUGAGCAUAAUCUACAUUUAAAAAGUAUUGGCUAAUUGUCACCUGCGUCAGUUUUUGAUCCAAGUAGUUUUGGCUAACUUUCACCUGUGUCACUUUUUGAGUCAAGUAGUUUUGGCUAACUUUCAUCUGCGUCACUCUUUGAGAAGAGUACUUGCUUUUCUGUUUUUUCAAUCUUCGCUCAAGACAAACAAAAACACAGUUGGUAAAAAACUAUACAUUCUCCGCUAUAAACUUAUAAAAUCAGAGCUAUUUUGGUAACAAAAAUUCUGCAUUCAAAAUGAGAUUCAAGUAUCUGACUCUCACGAUUUUCAUCUUCGGAUGUCUGGCAACCGGGGUCCAGGGUUCAUCUCCAGGCGGGCAGCCUCGACCUGAUGGUGACGGAGACGAUGGCAUGGAUGAUUUGGAGCGAGGACGAUUCGAAGACUUCUGCGAUCCAGAGGCCGACUUCGAAGCGAUCAGAAGCACAGCCGAGAAAGACUUCUGUCGAGAUUCUCUCGGAAACAAGUCGUGUGGUGUCGCUCCUUGUGAACAAAUAUGUCACUCGAUGUUCGAUGACGACAGUGAUUUCCGACCAUCAAACGCGCGAGGAGGUGGUGGAGACCGAGCCGGUGAUGAAGAACCGAGAAGAGCCCGAAGUGCCGGAGCCACGGGACCUUCGAGAAUCGACGUGAAACCCCCCUGUGCUCUUAGCGAUUCCCGAUGCCGAUGUGAGAAUUCAAUGUUGAAAGUGACCGAAUUUGACGAAUCGAAACUUGAAAACGAAGACGCAUGCAUGAAUCUUCCAAUCAACAUGCCGAAUUGUCACCAAUCAAUCAAAGACGCGAUCUCGGAAUACGCGUCCAAUUUCACUGAUAUGCCGUUCCGAAAAGUCGUGUCUGAUUUCCUGGCCGAUCCCCGAAUCAACAUUAACGAGACCGCGGCUGUUCCGGCGGACUCUCUUUCGUGUCUGGAUUGCACCGAAGUCGGUUGUCGGAACUGCAUGCAGCGAAAAAUAAUCUUGGCUAAUUUGAUCAAAUGUGGCAACCCGCAAGUGGACAUCGCAUCUUUCCGCAAAAACUCACUGUGGAAUUUGUGUGCUGCUGAGAGCAAAUCGAUCCACUGUCCUUCGAGCGGUUCUUGCGUGGACGCCACUGCUAGUGAAUGCGAGGCCACCGACUUCUGCAAAUACCUUCCGGUUGUCAAGGAGCAUUGCGCUGACUUGGCUGCGAAUGUGGCUGCGUUUGACUUCACAUGUGUGCCUGACACUUGCAAUGACUCAUGUGACAGCACGUACCUGUUCAAAGGACAGAUGUUCCCUAUAAACACCGCAAUUGGAGAUGCUGGUGAUGCUUGUCCGUUGACUGGCUUCGACACCUCGACGACCGAGUUCCCUGGAACUGCGAUGGAUGAAACACUGGUGGAUCUUAUGUGCCAUCAGUUCAUGUCACAAAGAAGAGAGAUGAAACUACUCAUGAGAUACUGGCAGGAAACUUC